ACCUUUUACAACAACUACAACUUCAGCUCCUACGACAACCACAACAACAGCACCUACAACAACUGUAGCUCCCACGACAACUGCAGCUCCUACAACAACUUUAGCAUCUACUUCAACCACAGAAGCUGCCCCUACGACAGCCACUGCAGCCCUAAUCACACUAACUGCUGCUACUACGACCACUACAACUCCAGAACCUACUACAACAGAACCUACUCCUACAACUACUAAGACUGCAGACCCUACCACGACAACCAGUGCAGCCCCUUCUACAACAACUACAACAGCUCUUUCAACGACUGUAAAUCCUAUGACAACAAUAGUUGGUCCUACAACCACUAUUAUAUCAAUUAAUUCUGCAGGUCCUACAACCACAGCCACAACUGGUAGUUAUCAUCCUACAACAAGGACUACAACUGCAUCACCUACAAGUACAAACACAACUGUACUUCCUACAUCGAAUACAAGAACUUCAACUUAUAUCUCAACUUCUAUGACAUCAACAACUAGAUUCGGCACAGUGGGAGUUUUUGUUAAACUGAUAUUCAAGGUCAAAACACCAGUCCCCACUGAGGAUGAUGUCCUUGGUGCCGUCAAGAAACAAUUGUCUCCUCAAUUCACGACCACUCAAACCACCUUCCAGAAUGCAACUUAUAUCAAACUUACAGAUACUUCAUUUGCCAUCGACCUUGGUUUCAAAAUAACCAAUGUAACCCAGGAGUCUCUAAGUAAUAGACUCACACUCACCAAUGAGACCGAAACCCAGAUACAGGAUUCAAUUAACAGACUACUCCAAAAGGUUCUCAGUGAACCAGAUGGCAAACAGUUUAAAUUUCCCAACGCCAACCUCAUUGUUGAUGGCACUGAAAUCACGGCAAACGUGACAUAUGUAUACAAAGAGGAAGAUGUCAACCACCCUAGUGGUUUUCUACAGGAAGUCUUAAAAGUCUCAGGUCUCCUGACCACCACUGUUACCCCAACAACAACUACCAACACCACACCACUUCCUACCCUAUUGACUUCAGUGACAUCAACAACUAGAUUCGGCACAGUGGGAGUUUUUGUUAAACUGAUAUUCAAGGUCAAAACACCAGUCCCCACUGAGGAUGAUGUCCUUGGUGCCGUCAAGAAACAAUUGUCUCCUCAAUUCACGACCACUCAAACCACCUUCCAGAAUGCAACUUAUAUCAAACUUACAGAUACUUCAUUUGCCAUCGACCUUGGUUUCAAAAUAACCAAUGUAACCCAGGAGUCUCUAAGUAAUAGACUCACACUCACCAAUGAGACCGAAACCCAGAUACAGGAUUCAAUUAACAGACUACUCCAAAAGGUUCUCAGUGAACCAGAUGGCAAACAGUUUAAAUUUCCCAACGCCAACCUCAUUGUUGAUGGCACUGAAAUCACGGCAAACGUGACAUAUGUAUACAAAGAGGAAGAUGUCAACCACCCUAGUGGUUUUCUACAGGAAGUCUUAAAAGUCUCAGGUCUCCUGACCACCACUGUUACCCCAACAACAACUACCAACACCACACCACUUCCUACCCUAUUGACUUCAGUGACAUCAACAACUAGAUUCGGCACAGUGGGAGUUUUUGUUAAACUGAUAUUCAAGGUCAAAACACCAGUCCCCACUGAGGAUGAUGUCCUUGGUGCCGUCAAGAAACAAUUGUCUCCUCAAUUCACGACCACUCAAACCACCUUCCAGAAUGCAACUUAUAUCAAACUUACAGAUACUUCAUUUGCCAUCGACCUUGGUUUCAAAAUAACCAAUGUAACCCAGGAGUCUCUAAGUAAUAGACUCACACUCACCAAUGAGACCGAAACCCAGAUACAGGAUUCAAUUAACAGACUACUCCAAAAGGUUCUCAGUGAACCAGAUGGCAAACAGUUUAAAUUUCCCAACGCCAACCUCAUUGUUGAUGGCACUGAAAUCACGGCAAACGUGACAUAUGUAUACAAAGAGGAAGAUGUCAACCACCCUAGUGGUUUUCUACAGGAAGUCUUAAAAGUCUCAGGUCUCCUGACCACCACUGUUGCCCCAACAACAACUACCAACACCACACCACUUCCUACCCUAUUGACUUCAGUGACAUCAACAACUAGAUUCGGCACAGUGGGAGUUUUUGUUAAACUGAUAUUCAAGGUCAAAACACCAGUCCCCACUGAGGAUGAUGUCCUUGGUGCCGUCAAGAAACAAUUGUCUCCUCAAUUCACGACCACUCAAACCACCUUCCAGAAUGCAACUUAUAUCAAACUUACAGAUACUUCAUUUGCCAUCGACCUUGGUUUCAAAAUAACCAAUGUAACCCAGGAGUCUCUAAGUAAUAGACUCACACUCACCAAUGAGACCGAAACCCAGAUACAGGAUUCAAUUAACAGACUACUCCAAAAGGUUCUCAGUGAACCAGAUGGCAAACAGUUUAAAUUUCCCAACGCCAACCUCAUUGUUGAUGGCACUGAAAUCACGGCAAACGUGACAUAUGUAUACAAAGAGGAAGAUGUCAACCACCCUAGUGGUUUUCUACAGGAAGUCUUAAAAGUCUCAGGUCUCCUGACCACCACUGUUGCCCCAACAACAACUACCAACACCACACCACUUCCUACCCUAUUGACUUCAGUGACAUCAACAACUAGAUUCGGCACAGUGGGAGUUUUUGUUAAACUGAUAUUCAAGGUCAAAACACCAGUCCCCACUGAGGAUGAUGUCCUUGGUGCCGUCAAGAAACAAUUGUCUCCUCAAUUCACGACCACUCAAACCACCUUCCAGAAUGCAACUUAUAUCAAACUUACAGAUACUUCAUUUGCCAUCGACCUUGGUUUCAAAAUAACCAAUGUAACCCAGGAGUCUCUAAGUAAUAGACUCACACUCACCAAUGAGACCGAAACCCAGAUACAGGAUUCAAUUAACAGACUACUCCAAAAGGUUCUCAGUGAACCAGAUGGCAAACAGUUUAAAUUUCCCAACGCCAACCUCAUUGUUGAUGGCACUGAAAUCACGGCAAACGUGACAUAUGUAUACAAAGAGGAAGAUGUCAACCACCCUAGUGGUUUUCUACAGGAAGUCUUAAAAGUCUCAGGUCUCCUGACCACCACUGUUGCCCCAACAACAACUACCAACACCACACCACUUCCUACCCUAUUGACUUCAGUGACAUCAACAACUAGAUUCGGCACAGUGGGAGUUUUUGUUAAACUGAUAUUCAAGGUCAAAACACCAGUCCCCACUGAGGAUGAUGUCCUUGGUGCCGUCAAGAAACAAUUGUCUCCUCAAUUCACGACCACUCAAACCACCUUCCAGAAUGCAACUUAUAUCAAACUUACAGAUACUUCAUUUGCCAUCGACCUUGGUUUCAAAAUAACCAAUGUAACCCAGGAGUCUCUAAGUAAUAGACUCACACUCACCAAUGAGACCGAAACCCAGAUACAGGAUUCAAUUAACAGACUACUCCAAAAGGUUCUCAGUGAACCAGAUGGCAAACAGUUUAAAUUUCCCAACGCCAACCUCAUUGUUGAUGGCACUGAAAUCACGGCAAACGUGACAUAUGUAUACAAAGAGGAAGAUGUCAACCACCCUAGUGGUUUUCUACAGGAAGUCUUAAAAGUCUCAGGUCUCCUGACCACCACUGUUGCCCCAACAACAACUACCAACACCACACCACUUCCUACCCUAUUGACUUCAGUGACAUCAACAACUAGAUUCGGCACAGUGGGAGUUUUUGUUAAACUGAUAUUCAAGGUCAAAACACCAGUCCCCACUGAGGAUGAUGUCCUUGGUGCCGUCAAGAAACAAUUGUCUCCUCAAUUCACGACCACUCAAACCACCUUCCAGAAUGCAACUUAUAUCAAACUUACAGAUACUUCAUUUGCCAUCGACCUUGGUUUCAAAAUAACCAAUGUAACCCAGGAGUCUCUAAGUAAUAGACUCACACUCACCAAUGAGACCGAAACCCAGAUACAGGAUUCAAUUAACAGACUACUCCAAAAGGUUCUCAGUGAACCAGAUGGCAAACAGUUUAAAUUUCCCAACGCCAACCUCAUUGUUGAUGGCACUGAAAUCACGGCAAACGUGACAUAUGUAUACAAAGAGGAAGAUGUCAACCACCCUAGUGGUUUUCUACAGGAAGUCUUAAAAGUCUCAGGUCUCCUGACCACCACUGUUGCCCCAACAACAACUACCAACACCACACCACUUCCUACCCUAUUGACUUCAGUGACAUCAACAACUAGAUUCGGCACAGUGGGAGUUUUUGUUAAACUGAUAUUCAAGGUCAAAACACCAGUCCCCACUGAGGAUGAUGUCCUUGGUGCCGUCAAGAAACAAUUGUCUCCUCAAUUCACGACCACUCAAACCACCUUCCAGAAUGCAACUUAUAUCAAACUUACAGAUACUUCAUUUGCCAUCGACCUUGGUUUCAAAAUAACCAAUGUAACCCAGGAGUCUCUAAGUAAUAGACUCACACUCACCAAUGAGACCGAAACCCAGAUACAGGAUUCAAUUAACAGACUACUCCAAAAGGUUCUCAGUGAACCAGAUGGCAAACAGUUUAAAUUUCCCAACGCCAACCUCAUUGUUGAUGGCACUGAAAUCACGGCAAACGUGACAUAUGUAUACAAAGAGGAAGAUGUCAACCACCCUAGUGGUUUUCUACAGGAAGUCUUAAAAGUCUCAGGUCUCCUGACCACCACUGUUGCCCCAACAACAACUACCAACACCACACCACUUCCUACCCUUUGACUUCAGUGACAUCAACAACUAGAUUCGGCACAGUGGGAGUUUUUGUUAAACUGAUAUUCAAGGUCAAAACACCAGUCCCCACUGAGGAUGAUGUCCUUGGUGCCGUCAAGAAACAAUUGUCUCCUCAAUUCAC